ACUCAGGAGCAGGCGUGGAUUUUUCAGCCGAGGUGAAGUACAAUUGUGUAUUUCCUCCGAGAAAGGUGACUACUAAAAAUAAGUAGCCAGCAUGACUCAACAGAGUUCUGCUUUGAGGUCAAAGUGAGACUGUCGAGAAAAAAGUGUCUUCAGCAUAGCUUGCAGCGGGUGCCCAAACUUGGGCUUGUUUCUUUCUACCUAGACAAAGCAGGGAGGACAUCCCUUGCAGCGCCCUAGGCCACCCUGUUGUUGUGAAGUGAGUAACUGUGCAAGCCCCAAAUCAGAAAACUCAGAAAUAAUCAAAAAAGCCGAGCAGGUUUGCUUCACUUCCCUGGAGCCUUAAAAAUUAAAUUGCCUGGCAGGUCAGAGUGGUUCCAAGGUUAGGAGAAUGUCUGCUUUUCCAGGAUGUAUCGUGCCGCUCUGCAGCCCAUGGUUGGGCAAGCUUUUCCGUCGCCUCUGGAGUCUCUCCUGGCUACAAAAUCACAAGAGGGAAAGCUGAUCUUACUGCAGGAUUUCCUGGGAUGGGUGCGGGCUGGGAAUCAAGGCACAUCGUUGUUUUUUCUGAAGUAGCUUCCCUUCAGUUGAUAAUUGGGCAGAAUAAAGAAGAAUCAUGGUUCUGGUCUUUUCCAGCCUGGUCAUGGACUGGAGAGCGAUCAAACUCUCUCCUCAAGAACAGAAUGGCGCCUGUUACUAACAGACAGCUGUGAAUGUUGGAAAGAAGCUAUGCUCCCAACUAAUUAUUCUUACAUGGUGAAUUUAAUGAAGAUUGCUUUUUGGGAAUGUAUGUAUGCUACGCUACCUAGUAACUUUUCAGAAUAUGAGUUAAGGGUCUGUCAGAUAAAAAUCUCAGAGAGUAGAACCUGAGGGAAGAUGAGUGAAAACACAUCAUCAUUGGUAAUUAGUUGAAUUUAAGAACAGUUUAUACUUGUUCUAAUUCCAGAGUAGUAUUGCAUAAUUACUGAUCAAAGGGUAUGUGAACGGGGACGUGAGUGACUUCUGUGUAGGUGUACAACAUGGUCUCAUUAAAAUGAAAAUGCCAGGACACUACUCUUCACAUGACUGUGUGUUAAAGUGAAAUACAACCAGAAACGGCUUUAAAAGGCUCUUCCUAAUUAAAAUAUUUCAUAUGAGAGCGAAAAGCAGAUGUAGCUCUUUCAGAAGAAAGGUUACUCUUAACAGUAACUGUUUAACCAUGACUUUGUAGUUUUUUGCUGUUUAUGACACCAAUACUAACAGUUUAUGGCCUUGCGUAGGAUACCUCUGGUACUGCGUGUGCAGACGGUGCUGCCCCGCUUGUGCUUCGUGCCUGCCAGAAACCACGCUGCUGUUGGAGCUCCGCUGGCAUGGUGCUGUGCCUUUUAAUAUGCUGCUCCAUUUCUUCAUGGUGUCUCACUGCCUGUUUUUUCGUGAGUAACCACCAUUUCUAAAGGUAGCUGAAAAGCCUCGGGGGAAGAAAAUGCCUUUUUAUUUUUAUUUUUUUUUAACUGAAAAGAUGUUCUUGGUCAAAAAUUGAAAGCUUUGUAUUAAACCCCAAAAGUUUCCAAAGUUUGAACUGAAAUUUGACAAAACAAUUUCUACUAAUGCUUUCAUCACCUUUCUGUCAAAGUCAUCGUUCUGAUGGAGGCCUUUUACCUGUUGGCAGCAGGAUGAUAUUUCGAUUCUAAAAAGAUGGUUAUUAAUCCACUGCAGUGAUGGCUUAGGUCCUUGGAGCAGCUUAGCAAGGAAUGAUUUUCUGGUUUUAAUGGUAUAUUUCUAUCUGGGUGUAUUUUCCCACCUGGUAUAUUUUUCUGUCUGGGUAUAUUUUCUAUCUGGUAGAUGUUUCUAUCUGGGUAUCUUCCUGUGAGGGAAGGGUGUCACUAGCCUCUCGUUCCCAAGGAUGGAUCUUGUGCCCCUGCCCUACAUCUCUUACCUUUCGCACCAGCAAAAGUAAUCUUUUUGUUACAAAAAGUGUAGAGGGAUUUUUAAAGGACCGAGGACAUAUGUUACCAUUGUCCGGGUUGGAUAACCCAGGCCUGUUAGUUGAAACUGCAGAGCAGCUUUAAAUUGUCCUGGGGAACCGUGAAAUCCACACACUGUCAUCGGCACACUCUGAUCAGGCGCCUGCAGCAUGCUCACCGAUCAGCCACACGGACGCCCGCGUGGCCAGAGACUUUUAUCCAAUCACCUGUGUGUAAAGUCGGGUGAGCGGUCGGUUUAAGUUAUAAAUAUGACCUGUUUAAUAAAGGGAGCACGGCAUGUAGCCAUAUUGGUGUGAUUGUCGUGACUUGGCCGACUCUCCACGGGGGACCCUCUUCGUCUGGUGCCCGAACAGGGACCCAUUUAUUCGCUUAAAUGCGGUUUAGCUUAAAUGCUGUUCGCUUAAGUGCGGCAGUCUCCGUGCAUCGGACCCGAAGGGAAGUUGUCCGAUUAGGGAGCUGGAGGUCGGAGACGGGCGGAACCUGGAAGGCGAAAAGCGGAGUCCAGAGUUCGGUGUGGAGCUGCAGAUCGCACCCCCGCCGGUGAUAAAGGACCUAUAUGGGUCCCUAGCAAGUUUGUGCGACCUGUAUGUCAAGAUCAGAAGACGGAAGAGAAGACUCAGAGCGAGCAGACGGAAUAAACUGUCUAUGUUGUAAGGGAUGUAACCCGCGGGUGUUAUGCCAAUGUAUGCUAUGUGGGGUAAAACGGUUCUGUAAGCCAAAGCUUAAAUGUAAAUGGUGUGAAGAGUGUAUGUGUUUGAUUAGUAACCAGGCAUGAAACAAGAGAAAUCAUACGACUAGUGUAAUACCAUGCUGAUUGGAGACAGCAUACAUCAUCAGAAUCUGUGAAAGCACAGAUUUGUGGGCUGGAAUGUAAGAAAAAAAAGGAAAAAAAGAAAAAAAAGUGGAAAUUGCAGGACUAAACAUGUUUGAGUGGUGGACUUGGUUUGCGGUCUUGAUGAAUUUUUUACCCAUUGGCCAAAGUAUUAUUGACAUCUUGCCUAGGACAAACAUAUGGGUGACACGGGCAAAUAUCACGGGAGUAACAGACUUUUGUUUUGAGUCUGCAACAAUCUGACAACCCCUUUAGAACUUGUUUAAUUGGUAUUCCCCUGCAAGAGAAUGAAACAAAUUUUGAUGGUUUUUGGAAUGUUAAAACAGUGGAUCUGACUUCCAAUCAGAAUGGUACAUGUAUGAGUCCAAAUGGGCAAUAUGUUUGGCCUUCUAUGCGUAAUGCAGCGUGGCAGAAAACGGUUAUUGAGAAUUUAAAUCAGCCACAUCAUUUACCUUUGCAGGAGUUAGACCUAUUGGGUAGCGUUGUACCUGUUGAAUAUGUUAAUGUAACUGCAACUGGUAUGGCAGACUGUACCCACAUGUCAUCACCACUUCAACCCGUGAAUGGCACUGGAGUAAUUUGGUUUGGUGACCCAUGGCAGUUAUGGCUGACACAUCAAGGUGAACGGGGGUUUUAUACAGGGUUUCAAAAUCUAACCGGUUCACCUAUUUGGGGUGAAUUGAAAACUGGGGGUUUCCAUGUAGAUGUAUCAGGGGGUUAUCAGCUGCCACCGGGAGUCUUUCUGAUAUGUGGGGACAGAGCGUGGCCAGGGAUUCCUUUGUAUCCUGUCGGUGGACCAUGUUAUUUAGGGUGUUUGACCUUGUUUGCUCCACGUAUGAAAGACUUAUUGAAAAUGGCUCAACAAUCUCAUAGAUCACUGAGGACACUGUGCACCUUUGAUGAAACAUGUAAUGACCGAAUUGAUCUACAGUCUGUGACAGCAAAUGUCCUAGCCUCCAUAUUUAUGCCGGGGGCAACGGCAGCAUUAAAUGCUAAGAAUAUACAAAGGUUAGCGUGCUGGGGAGAGAAACAAUUUAAUCUUACAUCACAGAUUUUAAGUUUGUUAUUGCUUGAUGUAGAUAGUGUUAGGCAUGCUACGUUACAAAAUAGGGCUGUAAUAGAUUUUUUGCUAUUAGCACAUGGACACGGUUGUGAGGAUUUUGAAGGGAUGUGUUGUAUGAACCUUUCCGAUCAUUCCAUAUCGAUGCACAAGAAGUUGUCACAACUGCAGGGAAACAUGAAGCAUAUUCUUGCUGAUGAUAAUCCCUUCGAUGAAUGGUUGAGAGGACUGGGGAUAACAGGUUGGUUAAAGACGUUAUUGAUGGAAGGAAUAUGCUUUGUUAUAAUCAUUGUUGUGAUGUUCUUAGUUUUUAGCUGUUUAUUUUCUUGUUUGAAGAAAGGUUUAACAUCUAUCGUGAAACAGACAUGGGUUGUCCAAAAAGAAAAAGGGGGAUAUGUAGAGUGAUUUUUAAAGGACCGAGGACAUAUGUUACCAUUGUCCGUGUUGGACAACUCAGGCCUGUUAGUUGAAGCUGCAGAGCAACUUUAAAUUGUCCUGGGAACAAGCAGUGUGCGAAGGAAAACAAGCUAUGCACAAACAAGAAGCCAGGUGCAGAGCAAGUCCUGGGAACUGCGGAAUCAACACGCUUGCAUCGGCACACUCUGAUCAGGCGCCUGCAGCAUGCUCACCGAUCAGCCACACGGACGCCCGCGUGGCCAGAGACUUUUAUCCAAUCACCUGUGUGUAAAGUCGGGUGAGCGGUCGGUUUAAGUUAUAAAUAUGACCUGUUUAAUAAAGGGAGCACGGCAUGUAGCCAUAUUGGUGUGAUUGUCGUGACUUGGCCAACUCUCCAUG